AUGCAUAAAUUAUAUCCAUGGUUUAUAUUAAUAAGUGCUGCAUUAUCUGUCAUAUUUUUAGGUGGUAAACGUAGAGCAUUUGGUAUAUUUAUAGCAAAAUUACAUUCAGAAUAUAAUAGCACAACAUUAGUUGAAUUAAAUUGGAUUGGUGAUUCAUAUUCAGCAUUAGGUUAUUUAACAACAUCUAUAACAACAUCAAUGAUUUUAUAUACAAAUAAAAAAUAUGGUAUAACACAAUUUUUUGGUGCAUUUUUUAUAUUAUUAGCAUGUAUAACUAGUUCAUUUGUAUUAAAUCCACAUUGGUUAUUUAUAACCCAUACAAUAUUACAUGGUAUUGGUUCAUCAUUUAUAUUAAGUACAUGUAGUUUAAUAGUAAAUGAUUAUUUUUAUAAAAAUCAUCCAUAUCAUAUCUUAGCAACAACAUUAGUAUCUGGGGGUUCAGUUGCAUCUAUAUUAUUUAUUGAAUUUUAUGCUUAUUUAAUUGAUUUAUAUAAUUGGAGAUUAACAUUUAUUAUACUUGGUAUUAUUUAUUUUAUUAUAUUAUUUAUUACUUCUAUUAUAUUUUAUAAAAAGAAUACUUUAAUAUCUCACGUAUAUAAAAGUAACCCUUCUAAUGAUCAUCAUCAAUGGAAUCUAUGGAAUAUAUGUUGGAAUUUAUAUUGGCAACAAAAAUUAUUAUUGUUACUAUGGUUUAUGGAUAGAAUCAUUACAAGUAUUGUUACAUAUGGUAUGUUAUUAAAUUUAACUGAUUAUGUUUAUCAACAUGAAACAUUAUUACAAAAUAGUAUUCUAUUAACUAAUUUAUUUGCAUCCGGUGAAGCAACUACUUAUAUUAUUGGUGCUUUAUUAACUGGUUAUACUAAAAAUUUAUUAAAAAAUCAAUUAAAAUAUAUUUUAAUACUAUCCAGUAUAUGUAUGUCUAUUGGAUUAAUAUUAUGGGAAUAUUUUGCAUGGAAUUCUAUCAUUAGUAUUAUAUUAUCAUAUAUGAAUGGAUUUUUUUUAGGACCAUCUAUAACAUUUUUAUAUCCGGUUAGUGAAGAAAUGACAUUAUUACCUGGUUAUAUAUCUUAUUCAUUAUCAUUAAGUGGUAUGGGUAUUGGUAUGUUAUUAUCCCCAUUAUUAUCAGCAUUUAUUGCUGAAACAUUUCAAUAUCAUUGGUUUUUUUUAAUACAAGGUAUUAUUGUGAUUAUUAAAUCGAUAUGUUUAUUAUGUUCAUGGAGAUUAAUUAAACAUUUAAUACAAUUUAAUAAACAUUUAUUAUAUCAUAAACAACAUGAUCCUGAUGAUCAUGAUGAUGAUGAUGAUGAGGAGGAGGAGGAGGAGGGGGAUGAAGGAGAACAAAAACAACAACAACGACGACGAAAACAACAACAUCAAGAAGAUGAACUAGAAGAUCAAUCUUUAACAUUCAAUAGUGAAACACAAUGUUUAAUCAGUCCAAUGAUAAAAAAACAAUCGAAUUCAAAAAUGAUUUAA